UACCGAUACUUCCGUCCCUGGCUUCCAGGCCUCAACAGCGGCGGCCUCAGAGGUACCAUCACUUCUUCUCGAAAAACCCACUUGAUUCUGGGGGGUUCCGGCUUGCUCCUGCCUGCUUUAGCGCCCUCUGGCACUUGCGCAGUUGCUGAUGAAUCAUUCGCCAUUCUCCCAGACAAGGCACUCACUGCAUAAUCCGCCCCACCUUCUCGCACCUGCGCCCCCAAUCAAGGCCUCCGUCUCCUUCCCUUUCGCCUGCCUUCCGCGGUCAGUCACCACUCAACCGGCUCCUUCCCUCCCACCUCCAACAGACCGACCGGCCAACCUCUAACCUUGGUAUUUAAACCAUUUCACCUCUUGCCCUCGCCCACCAUCACUUCUUCCCUCUACACAUCUACUACAACGCACUCUCGCUCCGCGAAACCCAUCAGCGAAUAUCUCAGUCGCGAGCAUCUACUUUCACGAAACACUAAACCCCCAUCACACUCAGACAUCGACACUUGAAGUUGCCAUCAUGCAGAUCUUCGUCAAGACCCUCACCGGCAAGACUAUCACCCUCGAGGUGGAGUCCUCUGAUACCAUCGACAAUGUCAAGUCCAAGAUCCAGGACAAGGAGGGCAUCCCCCCCGACCAGCAGCGUCUCAUUUUCGCUGGCAAGCAGCUUGAGGAUGGCCGCACCUUGAGCGACUACAACAUCCAGAAGGAGUCUACCCUUCACCUGGUUCUCCGCCUUCGUGGUGGUAUGCAAAUCUUCGUCAAGACCCUUACUGGCAAGACCAUCACCCUUGAGGUGGAGUCUUCGGAUACCAUCGACAAUGUUAAGUCCAAGAUCCAGGACAAGGAGGGUAUCCCUCCCGACCAGCAGCGUUUAAUUUUCGCUGGCAAGCAACUUGAGGACGGCCGCACACUCUCUGAUUACAACAUUCAGAAGGAGUCUACCCUUCACUUGGUGUUGCGUCUUCGUGGCGGUAUGCAAAUCUUCGUCAAGACCCUGACCGGAAAGACCAUUACCCUCGAGGUUGAAUCGUCAGACACCAUCGACAACGUCAAGUCGAAGAUUCAAGACAAGGAAGGCAUUCCCCCUGACCAGCAGCGCUUGAUUUUCGCCGGAAAACAAUUAGAAGAUGGCCGUACCCUAUCCGACUACAACAUCCAGAAGGAGUCGACUCUGCAUCUCGUCCUUCGUCUUCGUGGAGGUAUGCAGAUCUUCGUCAAGACCUUGACCGGAAAGACAAUUACAUUGGAGGUGGAGUCUUCGGACACGAUCGACAACGUGAAGUCCAAGAUCCAGGAUAAGGAGGGUAUCCCUCCCGACCAGCAGCGUCUCAUUUUCGCUGGCAAGCAACUUGAGGACGGCCGCACACUGAGUGACUACAACAUUCAGAAGGAGUCGACGCUUCACCUCGUCCUCCGUCUGCGUGGCGGCCAGUAG